UCUGAUUUUUGCUCUGCUUGAAUUAUAUUGGUUGGUCGGCCCAGACGGGGUCUUCCAUCUCCUAUGUACAGUCGCAAAUAUCACGCCCCACCUGAAUGCCACUUGAAGCGCUCAUGCGCACUGUCACGCCGGGUCCCUAGGCGGCUCAGCGGCUACCUGGAGCGCUAACAUUUUUUCUUUUCUCUUCUUCUUUCUUCCCGUAGCUGGCUCACCAACGACAAGCACUUUCCCAGUUCUCAACAAAAACAACAUUGUCACUUGGGGUAAAAUCCAUCAUGCCCAAGGCAGCGCCAUACGAUGUCCUGUUUGUGGACCGGUCUCACAACUAUCCCGAUCCUCUGCCGACUCCAAAUGACAUCGAUGGCUCCGAAGUCUUGCUCAACCAGUCCACCGGCUCUCGCCUCAUAAAGAUGCAGCAGAGAUUCGUCAUCAAGUUCGGCAUUCAUGUCCACCCCAUCGAGGCCCAUAACAUGCUGUACGUGGCAAAGUCCACGACGGUGCCGGUCCCCAAGGUCUACGCCAUCUACCAACGUCGAGAGAAACAGAGCGUCGUCACAUAUAUCGUCAUGCAAUAUGUGCCGGGCACGACGCUUCUAAACUUGUGGGGCAGCCUGGACCAGGCUCGCAAAACCGCCAUCGCCAGGACCCUUCGGACCUACUUCCAUCAGCUCCGGCAACUGCAGCACCCGGGCUACUUCGGCAACAUUGCUGGCGGACCGCCACUCGACGACAUGUUCUCGGCGACGCAGGGUGCCCACGAGGUCAAGACAUCGUUUGCAACCGAGGACGAACUGAUAGACUGCAUUAUUCGGAUAUACCUCCUCGAAACCGGCGAGCGGAUGGCCCACAAGACUCGGUAUUACCAACAUGUCCUGUCGACUGUCCUUCGCGGCGAUGGCUCUCCCGUCUUCACCCACAACGACUUCCAGAGAAAGAACGUCAUGGUGCAGCCCGAUGGGACGCUAAUCAUUAUCGACUGGGAGUUUGCGUCGUGGUAUCCGACCUACUGGGAAUAUUCGACGGCUACAUAUGCGAACGGUGGUUGGAACGAUGAUUGGCACGAAUACGUGCGCAUGGCCUUGGACGAAUACCCAAACCAGUCCCUUUGGUUGUCAAGCAUGAAGCAUGAAAUGUGGACCUGAGAUGGCCGACGAUGGCUGGCGAGACCGGAUGAAUGACGAGGGUUGUUGAUCAGCAGUUGAGGUAGUCCGCCGAAUCGAAUUCCGAAACGGCGCAUCGCCUUACGGGCCUUACCCGGAUCCAGCCUGCUCUGCAACUGGGCCAGCUCUGAUGUGC